AUUAGUUGCUGUUGUAAGGUUUCAUUUACAAUAACAAAGAAGCAGAUUGGAGAUCAGUUUUAUGAGACGGGACUAACAACUUUGCUUCGUGGGGUUUUGUUUUCGGAGGUAACUCCUGACAGGCGUUACUGCUACUUCUACAAAUUGUACAUAUUAUAGUAAAUAUCAGAAAAUGUCGGGGUAGAGAUUAAAAUCACGGUUUGGGAUAUUCAUCUGUGUACAUUGUCGCACAGUGAACUCCCUGCGGCUUUUGUUUGGAAGGCAGCGCUUGGCAGUUUCUCGACAGGAAGUCAUGCCUGAGAGGCAAGCUCAGGGCAAAAAAAUACCCGCAAUUCACCAGAGGCCAACUGUGUCCGGUGACCAAAUAAACAGCUUGUGGCUGCGAAUUAGCUUAACCGUGGAAGCUGGACCCAUUGUUUUACCCGAACGAAGAGUCACCCGGUUUUCACCCAAAACAGCCUUCCUUCUCAACUAACGCCACCUCCACCAUGACUGCCGCUGUGAGAGAUUGUGCCAAAGUGCCUAUUCGAGGCGCUGGCGAUGGCAUGGAAACUAAAAAACCACCUGCGGUCCUGGAGGUAAACACAGAUACACUGCCAUCAGGUCCAGCUGCACUUCCCCUCCUGAAGGUGGCUAGCCCAAAACACAGCCCCAAAUUUACCCAUCCUGCCCCCGCUGCUGCCCCUCAACCGCUUGGGGUGUUGCAUCUGGGCAAAGUGAGUCGAGAGGCCUGCACAGAGUUGGAGGCCGUGAGGAUUGUCGUCCCACGUGCCGCUAUCAGCCGGACCACCCGUGCAGGACCCGUUGAGGAGAAAGGGGAGGCUGGGCAACAGGUUGAGGAGCAGGGCUCUCCCCCUCUGCCUCUGGUGGAGGACUGGAGAGGACAGCUGGAAAAGUUACAGAACUCUGAACGCAGGCUGCUGCAGGACAAGGAAGGCCUUUCCAAUCAACUCCGUGUGCAGACAGAGGUGAACCGUGAGCUAAAGAAACUGCUGGUGGCCUCUGUGGGUGAUGACCUUCAGUACCACUUUGAGCGUCUGGCUCGGGAGAAGAACCAGUUGAUUCUGGAGAAUGAGGCUCUAGGCCGGAACUUGGCUCACACUGCGGAGCAGCUGGAGCGAAUGAGUAUCCAGUGUGAUGUUUGGAGGAGCAAGUUCCUGGCCAGCAGAGUCAUGGCAGAGGAGCUGACGAAUGCAAGAGUAGCUCUGCAGAGACAGACCAGAGAGGCACAAGGAGCCAUCCAGGACCUGCUGUUAGAAAGAGAGGAGUUCUCAAGAGACAUGGUGCUCACUCACAGAUCUCUGGAGCAGCUCCUGGUGUCUCUGCAGUGGGGCAGACAGCAAACGUACUACCCCAGCGCACAGCCCCUCAGCACCGGAGAGCUGGCAGCAGCCAAUCACAAGCUUGCAGAUGCCAUCAACUCCCACCUCCUGGGCAACACCACCAGCAGCGUGGUGAAGAGCAGCAGUGCAACAGCUGAGCAGCUCUGCAGCACACCGGCUGAGAAGAUGGCUGAGAAGGUGCUGAAGAUUUUAGAUCCAAUUUCCUGUUCAGAAAACAUGGAAGAGCCACCACUUAGUGACUCCACCCCCUCAAACUUCCUCAGCAGUAAGAAGAGCAUCGGCAGGUUUCACCCAUACACCCGCUACGAGAACAUUACUUUUAACUGCUGUGAGCGCUGCACUGGAGACAUCCUGGUACUGUAGAGGUCAAAGAGCAGCAAAAUCGGCUGGUACACACUAAGAUAGUGUGUAGCAGCCGAUUGUUUGGUUUCCACAAUUUCAGAUGAUGGUUUGAAAUUUCAACCAUCAAACAGCUGUUUGCUUGAAAAAAAAAAAAAAAAGCUAAAAAAGAAAAUGGAAUUCUUUGUUCAGUAAU